AUGUCGAACACAUCUAACAGCAAGCUAAUGGCUGCGCUCUCGAAGAUGGGGUUCGCCCCCGAGCCAAUUCCUGCUCCCACUGCCUCGGGAAAUGUGUCUAAAUCUACAACCAGAGUUCCGCCCAGGAUUCCCGCUCUAAAGCCCGCUCCUGCCCCAUUUCUGGUUCAUCGAAGCGUGUCUGCACCUGAGUCCAAGAUUUCAGAGACAUUACGGCCCCCUCCCUUGAGAUCCGGGGUCUCUUCACCGGACACCCUGCACAGGAAGCAGAGCUCGAGUGGCGUCGUCGAAGAACCGCCUCCUGUGUCUGUGAGACUGCCGGUGUACUCCUAUAGAGCGUCGGCCUCACCGAUACCUACUGUCCACUUUACGCGUGACGAAGCCGAGGCCGAUAGGCUUGUGAGGAUGUUGGAUACAACCAGGCAUGUCAUGAUCCCUAUAUCAGUCGAUUUUGAAUGGGUAGUGUCUAUCGGACGCGGAAUGUCGGCUCGGCCUAUCUCUGUGGUGCAAUUAGCAGACAGACAUCGCAUACUGAUAAUACAGCUGCGAUGGUCGGCAAAUGGUUCGUACGGGACCAUGUCCAGGGUGCCGGAAUCGCUGUGUAGGUUACUCGAAAAUGAAAACGUCCCGAAGAUGGGAGCCAAUAUCUUGAAUGAUGCCAGGAAGCUAUUCCGGGACUAUGGAAUCAUGAUGUAUCCGUGUAUCGAAUUGGGCGCGCUUGCCCGAGCGGUGGAUUCUCAAUGUAAAAUCGCGGGAAAUAGAAAGAUCAUUGCCCUAGCCAAGCUCACUGAGGCAUAUCUGCAAAAGACACUGGCUAAAGACAGUAGCACCCGGAUGGGAGACUGGGAGAAUCCUAAACUGCACGAGAGGAAAGAAAUGCUCGAAUAUGCUGCCAAUGAUGCAUACUGUACAAUGGAGAUCUACUCAGCCAUGGCGUCUAUAGCGCAAACAAACAAGGUUGAGAUCCCCACAUUCAGCGAGGGUAUUCGGCAUGUCCCGCUCGUCUAUUCCCAAAUGGAAUUGACUCGGACGGACCUGCCGUCUGUUUCUCUGACGCCGAGGAUGAGCGACGCGGGUAUGCUCCCCCAGCAUCUGCGGGCAUAUCGCCACUGGAAAGCCGGCUGGGCACUGGACGACAUCUGCGCUGAGCUUGUCAUCGACAAGGGCGCAAUGGCGCGACUGAAGCGAUCCACCGUCAUUUCGUAUGUGCUGUCAGCAGUUAAAGCGUGGCCACCACUGCCGACCGACCACAGCCUGUUGAGGGAACUGGUGCUUGCAGACAUCGGGGGCUGGGGCAGAUGGGGAGAGAUGGUUUGCCAGCGGGCCAAUGUAGAUAGGAUGUAAUCAGAAUUCAUUGGAGCAACACAAAGACAACAAAAAUAAUCAGGCGACAACAUCUUUUUCAGACGGGGGUUUCCCUGCAAACGGCCCAGCAAAGGGCGAAUCGUGUUUUUCCUCCAUCAUCGAAUUGACCAUCAUCUUGCUGGCAGACGGCGAAGGCAGGCGUUCUGGACGAUGCAAAACAGGGGAGCGGGGAGUUCCAUAACGGGAGGGAGCACUUCCAAAGCCAGAUGGACUAGGCGGUGGGAGUGUUCUAUGUAUCGGAGGCGACAGCCGAGUCGUAGCCCGGGAGGAACUUGGACCUGUUGGGGGCUGAGAGGAUUGAGAGAAUCGACGGGCUACAGUAUCGCGGUGGGCACUGUUCUCUCGCCGUUGUUCAUCCCGAUGACCGACCGCAUCCCCGAGGUACCCGACCGAAGUUGACGACGCCGGGGGCAUCCUGAAAGCAUCUUCCAAUUGACGCGGACCUCUCGGUGCAGUCGGAGGCGGAGGAGUAUGCAAGCUCCGACCGCUGUAGGCGUUGUUCAUCACAAACGGAGUUGCCAGCGGACGCUCUCGAUCGUCAACGGGAGGACCCGUGUUCGAUCGCUUACGGUGGUCGAGGUUGAUCAUCUCCGCCGAAGGGCGACUCUCGUGGAACUCACGUGAUGCACGAGGACUAAGUGACGG